UUUCUUUUAUGAUUUGAUCAAUUAAAGAGGUGAUAACCAAAAAAAAAAGAAAAAAAGAAGAGAAGUAAAAGGUUAUGAUAAAAAGUGGUGACAAGUGUGAAAAAUUAUCAUAAGACUUAACGAAGCUUUUAUCUUCUUGAUCAUCAAUGGCGGUUCCUAGUCAAGCCAGUUUCUGUGCGCAGACGAAUGCGUUACUUCUGAAAAACUUAACCUUCCAGAGGAGACACAUAUGGACUAAUGUUAGACUCGUCCUUGUUCCACUCUUGCUUUGCUUACUUCUCCUGGGGAUUCAAAAAGUGUCUGAUGUUAUUAAGAAAGCACAAUCGAGCAUGAUUGAUUGUAAAAAAAAUAAUGAUGAUAGUUAUUGUCCCAUCCCAAACCCUCCGUUGUUGCCUCCAAUGUUAGAGAUUCCAGUGCCUGAAUUCCGUGCUGUCAGAGAUGGUUUCUUCUCCUACAAAGACCUUCCUGACAAGUCUUGUAGAAAAACAGGAACCUGUCCUGUAACUAUACUUCUUACUGGAACAAACCAUUCCCUUGGUCAAGCUAUAUCUGAGAAUAUGUUUGGUGGUUCAUUUGCUGUGAAUUCCUCCGACCUCUUCGCUAGUUUAGCCAAUAAUGUCUUGGGUUCAACACAACCAGCAGGCGAAACCAAUUAUCAAGAUCCAGGGAUUAAUCCCAUCUACAGCAUCCAAACUCAGUGCAGUCCAAACGCUACAUGGCGACUCUCCAUUGGAAAAACUCGUACAGGGGUGAAGUGUGUUCAAGGGUUGUUUUCCUGGAAGAAUAACUCUGCAGAGGUCAAUGAUGAGCUUUUCAAGGGUAGUUGGAGGGGGAAUCCUGAGCGGAUGACUAAUGAAAUUGCUGCAGCAUAUGAUCUCAUGAAUACGCAUAGAAGCAACUUGGAUGUGACCAUCUGGUAUAACUCAACAUACAGUUACGGCGAAUCAAGUGGACCUUUAGUUCGUGUUCCUCGCUUGCUCAAUCUGGUAUCAAAUGCUUAUCUUAAGUUUCUGAAAGGCCCCGGGACGAGGAUACUAUUCGAGUUUGUCAAAGAAGUUCCUAAACACCAAUCUAAAGUCGGUCUUGAUUUUGCUUCCUUUUUUGAACCGCUUUUUUUCACUUGGGUUCUUCUUCUUCUAUUCCCUGUGGUCUUGACAUCAUUGGUGUAUGAGAAGCAACAGCGUCUAAGAAUUAUAAUGAAAAUGCAUGGUCUAGGCGAUGGUCCAUAUUGGAUGAUUUCUUAUGCCUAUUUUCUUACUCUAUCUCUGUUCUAUGUUACUGCUUUGGUGGUCUUCGGUUCUGUUAUAGGACUCAAGUACUUCCGGGUCAAUAACUACAGCAUUCAGUUCAUUUUCUUUUUUAUCUUCAUAAAUCUGCAAAUCUCUUUCGCCUUUUUAGUUUCUACAGUAUUCUCAAAGGUUAAGACUGCAACAGUUGUUGCUUACACAUUGGUGUUUGGAAGUGGGCUCUUGGCAACCUUUCUCUUCGGAGCACUGCUUGAAAAUCGCUCAUUCCCUGAAAAAUAUAUUCUUGCCUUGGAGUUGUAUCCCGGUUUUUCCUUAUACCGAGGAGUGUAUGAGUUAUCGAAAUCUGUUAGCCGUGGAAACGGGAUGAAGUGGAAAGAUCUCAGUGAAAACGGAAUGAAUAAGCUGUUCUACAUCAUGUCAGUGGAGUGGCUUGUGACUCUCAUUGUGGCCUACUGUAUAGAUGUGGUUUCAUCAUCAGGGAAAAGUCCUUUCUCAUUCUUCAAGAACCCUUUCAAGAAAUCAUCUUCGUUACCAAGUCCUAGUGUGCAAAGGCAAAGCUCUGACAACGUCGUCAUUGACAUGAAUAAAGCAGAUGUCACUCACGAGAGGGAGAAAGUUGAACAAUUGAGGAAAAAUUGGAGCACAGGGCAUGCGAUCGUGUGUGACAACCUGAAGAAGGUGUAUCCAGGUAGAGAUGGUAACCCGGCAAAGCUAGCUGUAAGAGGUUUAUACCUCGACGUGCCUGCAGGGGAAUGCUUUGGCAUGCUUGGACCCAAUGGUGCUGGCAAAACCUCUUUCAUCAAUAUGAUGACCGGGCUCCUGAAACCGACAUCUGGAACUGCGUUGGUUCAAGGUUUGGACAUAUGCAAGGAUAUGAACAAAGUGUAUACAAGCAUUGGCGUAUGCCCACAGCACGACUUGCUUUGGGAGACGCUAACAGGAAGGGAGCAUCUGCUCUUUUAUGGGAGACUUAAGAAUAUCAAGGGCUCUGCUCUAACGAAAGCUGUGGAAGAGUCUCUCAAAAGUGUCAGCCUUUUCGAUGGAGGAGUUGCUGACAAACCUGCUGGAAAAUACAGCGGAGGUAUGAAAAGGCGACUUAGCGUGGCCAUUUCGCUUAUUGGGAACCCAAAGGUGGUUUACAUGGAUGAGCCUAGCACCGGACUUGAUCCAGCCUCAAGAAAGAACUUAUGGACAGUGAUCCAGCGUGCAAAACAGAACACAGCCAUAAUCCUCACAACUCACUCGAUGGAAGAAGCAGAGUUUCUUUGCGACCGAUUGGGGAUAUUUGUAGACGGAGGCUUGCAAUGUGUAGGAAAUCCGAGAGAUUUAAAGGGAAGGUAUGGAGGAUUGUUUGUCUUCACGAUUACGACCUCAGUUGAACAAGAGGAGGAAGUAGAGAGAAUGGUUCAACGUAUUUCGCCAAACGCCAAGAGAGUAUAUCAUCUAGCGGGAACACAGAAGUUUGAGAUCCCAAAGCAAGAAGUGAUGAUUGCAGAUGUGUUUUUGAUGGUGGAGAAGGCCAAAAGCGAAUUCACAGUUUUUGCUUGGGGACUUGCCGAUACAACUCUCGAAGACGUCUUCUUCAAGGUUGCUACAUCUGCUCAAGGCUUCAACUCUUAAUAAUUCAUCCUACCUAGGGCAUCACUAUUGCUAUCAUUCAAAUUAGGCUUUUUAUUGACUAAUUGAAUGCCUUGAGAGAUACGUUAACUGCAAUAGACUUCUUUUUCAAUGUUUUGAAUCACUGCAAUCUGAUCAAUAGUCCGGUACUUUUGGAUC